UGUGUGUGUGUGUGUGUGUGUGUGUGUGUGUGAGUCGGUCUGAGGGUGUGGGUCGAGAUCCUCUCAACACACGCCUGCACAGAAAGAUAAUGCCAUGCGUUUACAGGAGAUAUACCAUGAUGGAGCUCAGUGACUGAUUAUCUGUCCCAGCCAAGAGAGUCCGAUGGCGUGACAGAGACAAGCUGCUCAGCGCUGGAGAGAAAGCAGCUUUAGGUCGCGUGCUCAUUAGCUGCUGUAUAGACGUGACUGGCAUCCUUCUGCCCCGUUUGCAGCAGCCGGCUGUGUGAAGAAGACAGUGAUGACAGACCAGGAGACGCUCGAUGUGGGCGAUCCACCUCCAGCAUACAUGAUCUUCCUGCUGGUGUUUCUCUUCUUCAUCACUGGCCUUCUGGGAUUCCUGAUCUGUCACUGUCUGAAGAAGAAGGGCUACCGCUGUGAGCUGGAGGAGGACGAAGAAAACCGUGAAGACAAACUGGGGGCAGAGCAAGAUGAUGAAUCAGAAGACAGUCAAGACACAGUGGAACAAAUCCUGAAAUGCAUCAUUGAGAAUGAAGCCAAUAUGGAGGCUUUCAAAGAGAUGCUGGUUGGCCAAAAUGUUUGCGAACAUCUCGAUCCACGCAGCUUGCGUCACAAAGAUAGCGUCGGUGGUCUUCCCCUUCACCAUCACACCGUUCAUCUGGGAGGCGAGAUCAGCUCGUGUGUUCACUGUAUGCAGAGUCACGUGUUAAAAACACGCCGCAGGAGCCGAGUGUCUCGAAGCAGAGCCCGGCUGGGAGAGCAGACCGUGUUUUCUGUGGGCAG